UAUGCGAAUUCUCACCUAAACACAACAAAAAAAAAAAGAAGUAAAAAAGUAAAUUAUGUUGGGAUUUUAAAACAAGUUCUCCUAUAAACCAAACAGAAUACAAGUUGAGCAUUUCAAAGCAGUGAAAAAAACAUGAGUUCCAAAAAGCAGGAGAAUAAGAAAGAAGAUGAAAAUGUUAAAGUUGUUCUAAUGAUAGACAUGCAUUGUGUAUGCAAGAAUUGUUUCAAAAGAAUUGCCAAAUGCACUCAAAAUAUGGAAGGUGUAAAGUCAAUGAACAUAGAGGAUUCUGGAACGAAAUACAAAGUAACAAUGACUGGCAAAUUGGAUCCAAUGAAACUUCAACAAAAGUUCGAGAAGAAAUUGGAAAAGAAAGUGGAACUCAUUUCUCCAAAACCAAAAGAGAAAAAAGAGAAAGAGAUUCCCAAAAAAACAACGCUGGAAAUGAAUUUGGGAUGUGAUAAAUGCGUCAAGAAAAUGCAAAAGAUAGUGACCGAAACAAAAGGGUUUGAAGGAAUAUUCAUAGACAAGCCAAGGAACUUGGUGAUAGUGAGUGGGGUAAUUGACACUGAAUAUUUGGUGGAAAAUUUGCAAAAGGAGCUGAAAAAAUCUGUCAAGAUUAUCAAGCAAGAUAAAUAUGAAGAUGAUGUGAAGAUAAUUUGGUGUCCAAAUUAUUAUUAUUAUUAUGGGCCAGAAUGUGAUCGAUUUGUUCAUGGAGAAGCUGAGUACUGCAGAAUUAUGUGAGAUAAUUGAUGAGUUUAAGAAGGAGGAAAAAAAAAAGAAAAGAACGCUGAUUAGGUACUUAAUUACUAUUUUUAAUAUGCUUUUGUGUAUAGAAUACUAAAACUUCCAUAUUCCUUUACUCUCUAUGGAAUUUAUUACAGUUAUGUCAUAGAAGAAUUUGAUUAUAUAACAAGAAAUGUAGAUUUGGAUUUGAUUUCUUUUUCAGAUCAA